UGCGCUUUCAGCAGCGGAGUCGCCUGUCAGCGCAGGCUGUCCCCGCCCCCUCCGCCGCCUGCGCGCGCAGAGCAUCGGAGGGCGCCGGCGGGAAGGGACGCGGCGGGAUAGAAGCAGAUAAUGGGCAACAGUGUCUUUCGUUAAUCUGUGAUCAUCAUGUCUAAGGAGGAGUGUCCCAAGGCCGCUGACAGUUCAUUUUCCUCUGAUAAACAUGCCCAGCUCAUCUUGGCCCAGAUGAACAAAAUGAGAAGUGGGCAGCAUUUCUGUGAUGUCCAGCUCCAGGUGGGGAAGGAAACUUUCCAAGUGCAUCGGCUGGUCCUGGCUGCCAGUAGUCCAUACUUUGCAGCUUUGUUCACUGGAGGAAUGAAAGAGUCUUCAAAAGAUGUUGUACAGAUUCUAGGAGUUGAAGCUGGAAUCUUUCAGCUACUUCUAGAUUUCAUUUAUACAGGAUUAGUGAACAUAGCUGUGAAUAAUGUCCAGGAGUUGAUUGUCGCAGCAGACAUGCUACAGUUGACUGAAGUUGUUAAUCUUUGCUGUGAUUUUCUGAAAGGACAAAUUGAUCCACAGAACUGCAUCGGACUCUUUCAGUUCUCUGAGCAAAUUGCCUGCCAUGAUCUUUUGGAAUUUACAGAAAAUUAUAUUCAUGUCCACUUCUUGGAGGUUCAUACUGGGGAAGAGUUCCUGGCACUUACAAAAGAUCAGCUGAUUAAAAUUUUACGAAGUGAAGAGCUUAGCAUUGAAGAUGAAUACCAAGUCUUCUUAGCCGCAAUGCAGUGGAUUCUGAAAGAUCUGGGAAAGAGAAGGAAACAUGUGGUGGAAGUGUUAGAUCCAGUUCGAUUCCCCUUGUUGCCAUCUCAGAGGCUUUUAAAGUACAUAGAAGGAGUAUCUGAUUUUAAUCUUCGAGUUGCCCUGCAAACACUUUUGAAAGAGUACUGUGAGGUCUGCAAGUCUCCCAAAGAGAACAAGUUUUGUAGUUUUCUGCAGACAUCUAAAGUUCGACCUCGGAAGAAAGCAAGAAAAUAUCUAUAUGCAGUAGGUGGAUAUACACGGUUGCAGGGGGGCCGCUGGAGUGACAGCAGAGCCCUCAGCUGUGUGGAACGCUUUGAUACCUUUAGCCAGUACUGGACCACUGUCUCGUCACUUCAUCAGGCUCGCUGUGGGCUCGGGGUUGCAGUCUUAGGAGGGAUGAUCUAUGCUAUUGGAGGAGAAAAGGAUUCGAUGAUCUUUGACUGUACUGAGUGCUAUGAUCCAGUUACUAAGCAAUGGACAACUGUUGCCUCAAUGAAUCACCCCCGCUGUGGAUUGGGAGUCUGUGUGUGCUACGGGGCAAUCUAUGUUUUGGGUGGAUGGGUUGGAGCUGAGAUUGGCAACACCAUUGAACGAUUUGAUCCUGAUGAAAAUAAGUGGGAAGUGGUCGGCAACAUGGCAGUGUCGAGAUACUACUUUGGGUGUUGUGAGAUGCAAGGUUUAAUUUAUGCAGUUGGAGGAAUCAGCAAUGAGGGACUAGAGCUCCGUUCCUUUGAAGUUUAUGAUCCACUUUCCAAGCGCUGGUCUCCACUUCCUCCUAUGGGAACCAGACGAGCAUAUCUUGGGGUGGCAGCACUCAAUGACUCCAUCUAUGCUAUUGGAGGGUGGAAUGAGACACAAGAUGCCCUUCACACUGUAGAAAAGUACUCCUUCGAAGAGGAAAAGUGGGUUGAAGUUGCUUCAAUGAAAGUGCCUAGAGCAGGCAUGUGUGUUGUGGCAGUCAAUGGUCUUCUGUAUGUUUCUGGAGGCCGAUCUUCUAGCCAUGAUUUCUUGGCCCCAGGCACUUUGGACUCAGUUGAAGUUUACAACCCUCAUUCAGAUACAUGGACCGAAAUUGGUAAUAUGAUCACUAGUCGUUGUGAAGGGGGUGUUGCUGUAUUAUGACGGAGAAGGCACAAAACCACAAGGAACAUUUGAAAAUGUAGGUUCUGACCAUUUGCAAAUCAAACAUAUAUUUGUGAUAUGAUCUUCUGAUUCUUUUGAGUAUUCCAUGUAUUGAAUAGAUAGAUGAAUAAAGAGUGAUUUUCUAAGAAUUUGAA